UUAGUGCCCCAUCGACUACUUACGGGCUGCUUGGUUAGCUCAAACGGUGGGUGAUACAGGAGCGAGCUGCAUAAACUCAUGGCUCAUUGUGCUGUUUUUCUACAACUUUCUAUUUACACAAUUCAAUUUUCUAGCAAAGUAACGCAAUAAGUCUCCUUACGCUAAUAUCUCGUCACAAUACCAAAAAAAAAAAUAACACAACUAUAUCAUUUUACCAAAGAAAGGAAGGAAAGCAAAAUCAAGAAGUUACUCGAAAUUUCGAAUUUCUAGCAGCUUCGGAACCUCUUGCAUAGAUGAAAAACAUAUAAAAGGCCCUUCCUUUUGCUUGGACAAUAACUUGCUCGUUAGUAAGAAAAAGUAAAUCAUAAUAUCAAAAUGGCUCUUACAAACAGAUUCUUUGCUGACGCUUUCCGCGAUAUGCACCGUGCCUUUUCUCUUUUGGAUGAUCCUAGCUUCUUUAACGAUGCUCGUCGCUCUUUGGCAUCUUCAAAUAACUCACUUGGAUCUCUAAGAUACCCAGCUACAGAUAUUUGCGAGACUGCUGAAGGCUACGAACUUCACGCGGAAUUACCUGGUUAUGACAAGAAGAAUAUUCAUAUUGAUGUCUCAGACGAUAAUACCUUAACGUUGAGUGGAUCUGUUCAACAUUAUCGCGAAUCCUCUAGUGAAGAAGACAAAGAAGGUGCAAGAAAUGACAAGGCCACUAACAAUGUAACCAAAUGGUGGACUAAUGAAAGAGUAUCUGGAAAUUUCCAAAGAUCAUUCAGUUUCCCUACUCCUAUCAACACUUCUGGUAUCAAAGCUAGCUAUGAAAAUGGUGUCUUGAAAGUCUGUGUUCCAAAGGCUGAGAACGGUGGUAAGAAGCGUAUUGAAAUUAACUAAUCGCACGGUUGUCAAAAUGACAAAGAUGUGGCUCUUUUAUUCGUAGUUUUAAAAAUGUCUAGAAAACUAUUGAAUAAAAAUGAAUUUAAAAUGUCAACUGUAUCAAUUAAUAAAACAAAAAAUAAUCUGGAUAUUCAUAACUGCAGGAAAUAACUUGCUUUUUCUGGAGUUGGAUUUUUG